CAACUUAUAUGUACAUACUACCCACCUUAACUUGCAUUUCAUUCUCGACUUCAUAUUUUACAUGAAAAUACCACAACAAAAAAAAACUUAAAUUCAUGAUUUCGUCUUGGCGGAGGCGAAGAGCGGCUCGCCGUGCCCGCAAGAGGCAUGACGAACACGACGACAACGGUGGCAUGACGAUGCAGAUGGACAUGGAGACGGAACUGAUGAUACCUAGCCAUUUCAGGUGUCCAAUAUCUUUGGACUUGAUGAAAGAUCCAGUGACACUGUCAACCGGGAUCACCUACGAUCGCGAAAACAUCGACAAGUGGAUUGAAGCCGGUAACCACACUUGUCCGAUCACUAGCCAAAGCUUGAAAACUCUGGAGCCAAUUCCAAACCACACCAUUCGAAAGAUGAUUCAAGAUUGGUGUGUUGACAAUGUUUCACUUGGUAUUGAGAGAAUUCCCACUCCUAGAAUACCCGUUAGCUCCUUCGACGUGCUCCAAAUUCUCUCAAAACUUGCAUUGGCAAAGCAGAGAGAGGAUAGUGAAGGGUUUGUGGAGUUGGUGGUGGAGCUGAAGGGUUUGGCGAAGGAGAGCGAGCGUAACAGGCGGUGCAUUGUGGCUAAUGGUACGGGCUGUGUUCUAUCUGCCAUGUUUGAGGCUUUCUCUGAAAGGUCUUUUCAUAAAAACAUUGCACUUUUGGAGGAAAUAUUGUCAGCUUUGACAUUGAUGCUUCCACUUGAUGAAAAUGCCAAGUUUCAUCUAGGCUCAUGUGUAUCUUUGAAUUGCAUUGUUUGGAUUUUGAAGCAUGGAGGAGACUUAUCGGGACGAAGGAACGCAGUUUUGGUGCUGGAAGAGUCUCUAUCAUCGUCAGCAGCAGAUCAACAACACAAGGUAGAUGCUUUGGUAGAGAUUGAAGGAGCCAUGGAUGCUUUAGUCAAGUUGAUCAAAGAGCCAAUUUGCCCUACAACUACAAAAGCUUCAUUGACAACCAUUUACUACAUGCUUUCAUCAUCAUCAUCGUCAACAUCAUCAUCACCUACUCUUGUGAAUGAGAAGGUCAUAAUAAGAUUUGUAGAGAUGGGUAUGGUGUCUUUGCUGCUAGAAAUGCUUGUUGAAUCGGAGCGAAGCAUAUGCGAGAGGGCUUUGCAUGUUUUUGAUGGACUUUGCAGUUGUGACCAAGGGAGAGAAAAGGCUUAUGAUCAUGCUCUAACUAUGCCUGUUUUGGUCAAGAAGAUAUUGAGAGUUUCGGAUUUGGCGACCGAGUUCUCAGUUUCAAUCCUUUGGAAGCUUGGCAAAAAUGAGAAGAGGGAAGAAGAGGGAAGUGUUCUUGUUGAAGCUCUUCAAGUAGGUGCUUUUCAGAAGCUCUUGUUGCUCUUACAAGUUGGAUGUGGUGAGAAAACAAAGGAAAAGGCAAGUGAGUUGUUGAAAUUGUUAAACCUGCAUAGGGAUAGGUUGGAGUGUAUUGAUUCUAUGGAUUUCAAGGAUCUCAAAAGGACUUUUUGAACCAAACUGGUCCUUAUUCCUCCUUAGGGGAAAGAAUUAUACCGGUAUUUGUGAUAUUUUACUGCUCAAUGUACAAAAAAAUUCGAAGAGAAAUUUAUAAAUAUACGUGCUAUACAUUAAAAUU